AUGGGGGUGGGGUAGUGUUAUGAUUGGAAAUUUUUUGUUUAGAAUACUUGAGGUGUUUUCAAUUGUUUUUUGUUGCAUUUUAUACUGUUCACCAAUCCUAUAUAGAAUAUCACAUGCCUGCACUAUCUAUUAGUAAAUACAGCUUCAAGUUCUUAUUGGAUACUUACCACAAUAUGUUGUAGAGACUAUAUUAUAUCUGCAUAAACCUUAUGAAUUAAUUCAACUAGUCUUUGAUCCAGCUACUUCAGUCGUACUGCUAUAUGAAUCAUUCGUUGCCAACCAACUUCAUGUUUGAAUCAAGCCUUCAGUGUCAUGUUGUUUCUGGCCACCUCUACUUGCAUGCUUAAUGGUCAAUAGUUGAACAUAAUAUUUUGAGUGAUAGAAUCUGCAUAGUCAGGGUAUAUGCUGUAAUUUGAUUGAGAUUUGUUUAUAUUAGCUUCCAGAUUCUUUUUUGCUGGUUCUUGCUUCUUAAAAGUUAUCUUCAAUGCUUAUUUUGGUCUCCCUUUUCAUAGCCCUUGAAACCUGGUUGGCGUAGCAAAGUGUUGGGGUGGGAUCGUUGUAGGUUUCCAUUUUAAUUUUUAGGAGAGGGCAAAAAUGUUACCUAUAUAAAAUGUUUCCAUUAUGUUUUUAGGAUGAUGAGGAAUGGAAGUGGAAAGAAACAUAGAAUAUCGGUUAGAGAUGAGGACAUGGGAAAUGUGGGUAGGGAGGAAGCCAACAUUCAUAUUCCUUAAGCAACUUCAUGGCAUUAGAUUAUGGAUACAUGUAUAUACUAAGGAUUUCAAUAUAGAAAGGGGCCCUUCAAUCCAUGCUCCCUCGUUUCCUCUUUGUCUUAUGUGUCACUAAGAAAAAAAUCUUAGACGUUCGAUUACCAUCACAUGGCCCGACGAUGACCCCUUUAUGGCCUUUCUCUCCACCCUUUCUUCUCCUCUUUCCUUCAUCAUUAUAUUCAUACAUAAUCCCUAUUUACUUUUGUUGUCAUUUUUUUUGUAACAAGUUUCUAUUUAAUUAAGGUGAUGGAAGAGGACAUGUUCUGUUACAUUCAUGAAGGCGGUCAGCUAGUUAAAUGUGUUGGAGGGUCUGUUCAAUAUCAAGGUGGUCGUAGCGAAUCGAUGGUUGUUAGUCGGCACAUGUCACAUAGUGAUUUCGUUUCAAAACUAUGUGAUGCACUGCACUUUGACCAGAAUUCUAUCAAAUUGGAAUUCACGGUCAAGUUUGAGCCAUCAUGUCUACUACCGUUGCAUGAUGAUGCAGCCCUACUUAAGAUGUUUCGAUUCAACGAAAUGUUUUGUCACGUCUAUGUCUCAUCAUCAAGUGAAGUUGUUGAAGGCUGUAUAGCACCGACUAGUGCCCCUUCUCCUAUUGUUGGUUCAAAUUCUGCACACCUACUUCCAUCCGGUGGCGAUCUGCCAAUUAAUAUCUGUAAUGACUCUCUUACAAUUGAGUCAUAUGGGUUUUCCCAUAGAUGUGCGGAAGCAAAUAUAGUCGAACGUGACUCAAGGCGGUUUGAAAAUUCCAUUAUGGGUAGUGGACAUACCUUCUCCAAUGCUGCCAAGUUCCGUGAUGCCGUUUAUUUGAUGUCAAUUGCUGGUAGAUUCCGUUAUCACUUCACGAGGAAUAGUACGAAACACAUGACAGUUGUUUGCACAGUUACUCAAUGUCCUUGGAAAGUCACAGCUCGUCCAAUUGGGGAUUCGAACAUCGUCCAGGUUCACACUUUUCAUAACCAUCAUAAUCAUAGUUUGGAAGAUGUUGUUGCAUGCCAACCUUUAGUGAGAUCUAAUCGGGCUUCAUUGCUUAUUGAUGAUGUCAUCCGGUCCACUCCCAAUUACCAACCCCGCCAAAUUUGUAAAGACUUUCAAAGGCAACAUGGGAUGCAAUUGACGUAUCUUCAAGCAUGGAAUAUCAAGGAGAAGGCAAAUGAGCGCAUUUAUGGAGAACCCAAAUAUUAUUACAAAUUGUUGCCUUGGAUGUGUGAGAAAAUGGUUGCAACAAAUCCGGGCAGCAUUGUUGAGUUGGGGCAUUCAAGUGAUGGACAUUUUGAGCAACUCUUUGUUGCUCAUUCGGUAUCUAUCCAAGGGUUUGCAAUGGGGUGUCGGCCAAUCAUAGCUAUUGACUCCGCCCAUAUGAGUGGGCCAUAUAGGGGUGCGUUAUUUUCGGCGACCGCAUACGAUGCUAAUGACGCCAUGUUCCCCUUAGCCUUUGGCGUGAUGAGCUCAGAAAAUUAUGACGAUUGGUCUUGGUUUUUGCAAAAUUUGAAGAAGCUUGUUGGAGAUAAGGAAGUCGUUAUUAUCUCGGAUAGACAUCCCGCCCUCCUUCGUAGUGUUCCUGAAGUGUUUGGGCUUGAAAACCAUGCCUACUGUUACCGUCACUUGAAGGAAAAUUUCAGCUCUUUCUUGAGCAAGCAUAACACAAGAGGGAACAAAGGUAAAGAAAAUGCACUCCAAUUCCUUGAUAGUAUAGCCUAUGCAAGGUUAGAGCAAGAUUACAAUGUUUCCAUGUUUGAACUACGGAAAUACAAUGACGCUUUGGCCAAAUGGGUUGAAGAAAAUGAACCCGAACAUUGGGCUAUGUCCAAAUUCCCAAAACAAAGAUGGGAUAAAAUGACCACAAACCUUGCCGAGUCGUUUAAUGCUUGGCUAAGGAAUGAAAGACAUCACUCCAUUUGUACAUUUCUAAUGGAGCAUAUGGUUAAGUUAGGUUCUAUGCUUGUCAAACAUAAAGAGGAAUCAAACAAUUGGAAGGGAUGCAUAGGGCCAAAAAUUGAAGAAAAAGUUCAGCAGAAAAUUGCCAAGGGUGAGGUGUAUCCGGUCACUCCUUUCAUGAACGGAAUCUUUGGGGUUUCUAUUGGAACCACCUUGUUGAAUGUGGACAUUACAAAGCGUACUUGCACAUGUAGGGGUUGGGAAAUGUUGGGCAUCCCUUGUGAACAUGCGGCAGCCGUUAAAAACCAUAUCAUAAUUCCUUAA